AUGCAUCAAAAUGGUAUCCAGGAGGAUCAUGCGCCGGUUGCUUCCCCGCCGUGGAAGUUGGGAUUCCGCUCGUCGAGAAAAUUUGUGAUCUCCGUGGUAUCAAUGGCGGUUUUCACGGAUGUUUUUAUUUAUGGGAUGAUCGUUCCUAUACUGCCCGUAGUUCUGCAAAAGCGUGUGUUUGUGCCAGAUGACCAAUUACAACAAUGGAUGGCCAUAAUGCUGGCAGCGUUCGGUGGUGCUAUAUUCGUUGGCUCCCCUAUAUUUGGGUACUUCGCCGACAAGGGUACUUCCCGCCAGGGACCAUUUAUCAUCGGUCUACUUGCGUUAGGUGGCUCAACUAUCAUGUUCUGGGUAGCCCGAACGCUUGCUUCCCUGGUCAUUGCGCGAGUUCUACAGGGAUUAUCUGCAGCUGUAGUUUGGACAGUGGGCAUGGCUCUUGUUGUGGACACCGUGGGGAAGGAUCAGGUUGGAGCUGCUAUGGGAUACGUCUCCAUGUCUAUGACAGUGGGAACUGUUUUUGGUCCUUUUAUCGGAGGAGUUGUGUUAUCGCGGAUAAGUUACGAUGCCGUGUUUGCGAUUGCGGUCGCACUGGUCAUCCUAGAUAUUCUCCUCCGGCUUGUCAUGAUCGAGCAGAAGAAUGUCUCUAAAUGGACUCAGCCACAGAUCGCUACAGAGACAGAGGGUCUACUCAGCAGUCCGGAUGUAGCUGAUAAUAUACACCAAGCCACCAAACAGACCUGUUCGGACGACGCUUCUGUCAAUCUCCGUCAUUCGGUUUGUUGGCCCAAUGAAAUUAGUGGUGAACCGGUAUCGAGCGGAAGGUCAUCUUCGGUGCCACCUAUUUUGCGCUUGAUGUGUUCCAGUAGUAUGCUGCUCUUCCUUGGAGCGACAAUGGUCGAUGCCAUUUUAUGGUCCUCCUUCGACACUGUGCUUCCUCUUCAUGUGAUGAAGACAUUCGAAUGGAAUCCCUUCUGGAUCGGAAUUUGUUUUCUACCAUUGUUCGCGCCGUCCUUCUUUUCGCCUCUCGUUGGCGAUGCUGUUGACCGCUACGGAUCCCGAACAGUUGCGUUCCUUGGAUUCCUGCUGGACUUCCCAGCAUUUUUUCUCCUUCGACUCAUCACGCACGACACAACGCAAGACCAAGCCCUCCUCUAUAUAUUCCUUUCCCUCGCAGGCGUUGCAUCUACCCUUCAGAUGGUGUCCCUCAUGACAGAAGUCAGCCUUGUCGUCGAGCGACAGGAGAAGGAGUCGCCGGGAAUAUUCGGGAGUCAAGGAGGCAUGGGGCAAGCGUACGGGUUGUUCAACGUCGCUUGGUCCGGUGGCCAGGUACUGGGACCAUUGAUUGCGGGGCUUUUGAGUGACUCUGGCGGGUGGGUGACGAUGGUCAGCGUUUUCGGAACAAUGAGUGGCAUCACUGCGAUCAUUAUCGCCUUCUCGGACGAUAAGAUUCUGAAAUACUUCAAGAAACAAAGGUAGCCUUCUGUUGGAUACCUGCUGAUUGGCUUGAUUUUCAGCCCAUAGACACACACUUGAAUUGUGAAGCUAGACCAGCUCUUUUGAAUUUGGGUUUGAAAAAGCAACGGAGGUUGUGGUAGCGGAUGUCUUCUCAGAACGAAGUACAUAUAUAGUUAACGGUCAUAACUUUGCAUGAUAUUAUCGGCCCAUGAGGCUCCCUGAACCUAAGGAAGAAAAACAAAGUUUAAUUUGACCUUCAUGUAAGGGGCGGAGAGAUUAAUGGGUCCAACAUGGCUGGUAUUUGUUUCCCUGGAGAUCAUGGUGGUUGUUGGAGAGAUGGCGGGAUCCAUGAUUGCAAGGGGGGGGGUGGGAGAAAGGGCCGCCGCAAGGCUGGACAUUAGAAAAUCCUCCUGGUAAGUAGCAAUUGCUUAAAGGUGAUUACCUACUUUGAAGACAAAGGAUAAUAAGGUAUCUUUCUCUGAGAACAAUCAGAUUGAAAUCCUAGUAGGAGGGGAAAG